AUGGAUACCGAGUACAAUUACCUCAACGACCAAACCGUCAUUAAUGACUUAAUAAAUUUAUCAAUCUCAUCUGAGAGUGAUUCUUUGAAUGAGAAUGAAGCUGAAAUAUAUCAUGAAAAUGAUGAUAGAAUUUUACAUGAGCGAAACCAGGCCGAGGUAGAGGUUAAGGAGUGCACUCACAUCAAUUUACUGGAUAUGAAUCACCAAGAGGUUACUGAUGCGAUGUUCAAUACUAUUUUCCAAAAAAGAAGGGACAUUAUAUCACAGCGAGAGCGGCCAGAGACUCGUACAACCUAUAGCCUCUACCGUUCAGUCUGCAAGUCCUUCCAAAAUAGCGUUGCAUGCCUAGCAUCGCAAACUAGUUGCAAACCAGUUCUUCGCAAACACUCUGAGCCUUUACUAACUAGUCCUUUCUUUGUAUCACGUGGUAUUCAUUCACAUCCUCCUCCUCCUCCAAAUAAGCCUCCGCAGCUUAUACUAGAUGAGAUUUUGGACCUUAUUCGAAAGAUGCAGAGUCCUGACUUGACCCCUAGUUUAUUUCUACGGAGUCCGGCACUGAAACAGUUUUGCCAAAAAUAUAAUGGCCAGACUCUUUCACAAAUCCAUAAUAGCUUUGUAAAUCAAGACCGAUUUGCAGCUAUUAUAGCAAAGGAAAAGGCUUUACUAUAUCGUAAAGGCCGUGGCCUUGCAGGUGUACGCUGCGAGUUGGAUCGGCAUCCAGAAUAUCGAGAAUAUGUUCGCAGAAUCUAUACAGACCAUGAUAUUGUCAUGAUUAUUUGUGGAUUUAAUAAGCAAAUCCAGCUCCUUGGAUCCCUUGAUUCAUUUGAAGUUGAUAUGUCUUAUAAACGAGUUAAAGGGGACUUUAAUGAGGUUAUUUUUGCAACCUUUUUACCUCAGCAUGGGAAGAUUAUAACUUUACUUCGGGUUUUCAUGGAUCAUGAGUCAGCAUUUAGCUAUAAACUCCUCUUUACACGGGUCUUCCAGUUAAUUGCUGAUAUCCAAGGAUAUAUGUGUGCAAAGCAGAUGUCAGGACUUGGCCAUUACCUGCAAGAGCUUGAUCCUCUUCAGCGUCCCUGGACAUGGCAGCUUAUGAAUAUUCUGAUUUUAUGCCGGACUGGAGAUCUAUCUGAUUAUCAUUCUUCAGCUAGAUGUCGGAUGGAAAGCCUUCUUACUUGCUCAACCCGAGAGGAAUACUUUCACCUGAUUGAAUUAUUAGAAGCUCACGAAACCCCUAAAAUUGCAGAGUGGGCAAGGCAUAAACGGCAUUCAGUUAUUGCUGCAGGAGCGACCUUGAGCUCCCGAAUCCUUGACCAGCGUGAUAUUGACCAAUAUCUUGCUCGAAAUCAAUAUGGAACUAGUCAUUUAUCACGGAUCACAAGCACACGGAAACGAAAACGCCUGGCUCAGGAUAAUGAGCUAGUUCUAUCUUCAGUUGAAGAUAAUAGGCGAGUUCUUCAGGAUUCAUUCCUCCACGCCGAUCUAGUUCCCGUGGUCGAGGUUCAAGAUCUAGAUCACGGGGAAGCAGUCACCAUCCAGGUCUUCUUCAGACGAUCAGCUACAGCGAAUUUACAGGUUCAAAACCUUGAGCUGCAAAGACAACAACUUGAACUAGAAGCUCAACAAGUUCGAAUACGAAAGGAGAAGGCAGAGGCUGAAAAAUUAGAGCUUGAAAAUAUGCUUCGUCGACGAGAGUUGGGUCUGGACUGA